CACCAUUUCGACGACAAACAGACAGAAUAUAUAGGCAACAGCAUACCGAACGCUUUCAUUUGCUCAUAAUCCACUUGGUGUUGUUUACUCAGUCUUGCUCUGGAGGAGGUCGCAGCGGUUAGCUCGAGGAGCUCCUGCUCAUCAAAAAUGUCGCAGAAAUACGACACCCUCCCAAUGGCACUUAAAUACGACAUCGGUCCCCGACAAUUCCUCUUCAGACAGCCGUCCUCAUUCUCAUCCGCGACGUCAAACAUCCCCCUCACCAAACCACCAUCCUACAUCCCAAUGGCGCCCACCACCGAAGAACCCGCAGCCACCGCCGCGACAACCACCACCUCCCUCCACCGCCUCCCCUCCGCACCCCGCCACUCCACCGACUCCGACACCGACUCCAUCAUCUCCACCAACGCCCGCCUCAUCUACCCCACCUCUCACCACAUCGCCCAAAAAGAUUACACCAGCACCAUCUACCCCACCUCCUUCUUCCGCCUCCUCGCCGCCAUCUUCCUCAUCGUUGCUCUCUCCCUCUUCGCCGCCAGCGGCGCAGGCCGCGCCGUCCCUGCCAUCGUCUUCGUCUCCCUCGCCCUCCUUCGCAUCCUCUUCGUCUUCUUCUUCCACACCCCGCGCAGAGCCCGCUGGCUCGGCUGGAGAGGCGUCAACCUCGCUGUUGAUUUCUCGCUCUUUGCUGGUAUCUUCGGGGCUGUGGGGGGCGCAUUCAGCAACCAGCGAAAUGUUGCGGCGUGCGUCCUUGGCUGGGUUGGCGUUUCUAUCUUUGCCUUAGCGGCGGUUGAUACGGGGCGUCCGACUAGGAUCGCUUUUACAUGGACACUGAGUCUGGAUUUCUGGACGGGGAGCGGCGCGCUGUCGCUUGAUGAUAACUGGGUUGAGGCUAGGAGGCCAGAGAUGGGUGGGAGGGCGUCACCUGUCUAGAGAUGGUGGGGGCCGGGUGAAUGGUGAGGUAAGGGGGUGCAGGUAUGGGCGUUGGUGUCUAUAACAUGCUUUAUAUACGAUACGGUGCUUGGUUCGAGUGGGUUUGAGGAGUUAGGAGUUUGCGGGUUUGGUGGGAUACUUUGGAUAUUUAGAGCUUUUAUGAAUGGUAUAUUUUCCAGACAUUUAUACUUUUCCCGCAGGUAAAAGUGAGAC